CGGCUGCCCCGGGGCUGCUGGGCGGUGCCUGGGUCCCUGCACACGCUUCUCCGGAGCUGCCCGGCGCGCAGCUGGCGCUGGGCUGGCAGGACCCGCCCUGCGUGGGGCCCGGGGGCCGAUCGGCAGGGGGAGAGCGGGGCGGGGUGCGGCUCCUUCCACGUGGGACGCUGGGCAGUGACAGGAGCCGAUCUCCGCCUGCACCGCGCCUGGGACCAGCUGGGCUGUGGCCGCCUGUCCGGAGCUGCCCCGGGCACGCACGGGAAGCAGGGAGAGGAUGAUCUUUGCCGCCCCUGCCAGCAGCAGCAGCAGCAGCCGCAGCCGGUGAAGGAGAGGAAAACAAGCGCAGGGAGAGCUGGGAGAGAUUAUUCAUCAUGUCUGUCAAGAAGGAAGGUGCCCAGAAGAAAUGGGCUUCCGUAAAGGAAAAACUUGGGCCCCAGGAGACUGACCAGUCAGAGGCCAACCUGGAAAAUGCAGAGCCAGAACUAUGCAUUCGCCUCCUACAAAUGCCCUCAGUAGUGAACUACUCUGGUCUCAAGAAGCGACUGGAGAGCAGCGAUGACGCCUGGAUGAUCCAGUUCCUGGAGCUGAGUGGCCUAGAUCUGCUCUUAGAGGCCCUGGACAGGCUGUCUGGAAGAGGAGUAUCCAGGAUUUCUGAUGCCCUGCUUCAGCUCACCUGCAUUAACUGUGUGCGAGCUCUCAUGAACUCCCACAAGGGGAUCGAAUACAUUGUCAGCAAUGAAGGCUAUGUCAGGAAACUCUCUCAAGCACUGGACACAUCUAAUGUCAUGGUCAAAAAACAGGUGUUUGACCUGCUAGCUGCACUCUGCAUUUACUCAGUGGACGGGCAUGCCCUGGCUUUGGAUGCUCUGGACCAUUAUAAGACUGUGAAGAACCAACAGUAUCGAUUCAGUGUCAUAAUGAAUGAGCUCUUCGCUACGGAUAACGUGCCUUACAUGAUAACGCUGCUAAGUGUUAUUAAUGCCGUGAUCCUGGGGACUGAAGAACUAAGAAUCAGGACUCAACUCAGAAAUGAGUUUAUAGGUCUUCAGUUGUUGGAUAUUUUAAAUAAGCUAAGGUAA